AUGCUCCCCGAAAACUACCAGUUGGGGCCCAACGAUGUCAUCAUUGGCCGUGGGAAGAAGGUAACUCAAAACCCUGGCAAUCAACGCUUUCGCUUGAUUAUCCAGACCACUUUGGAGUCCUACUCCAACGCAGAGACGAAAGUGAAGAAAUCUGAAAUCAUCAUGGAAGUAUUGUCCCAAGUGCGUGAGGGCAAUGGUGCCGGAUUCGUGAAGCAUCACGCUGGUAGUGGGUGUUACCUUCAGGUCGAAGAGGCUUCCUGUCGCAUUGCAAUUGCGCAAGCCUUCCGCGAUGCUCUCAGCGGGACCUACAAGUCUAGCAAGAAGCACAAGCAAAUCCGCCGCCUUGAGAGGAAGAGGGCCAGUGAGACCGAGCAGAGCAUGGCUUUGGCAUCCAUGCAACUCCAGGAACUUUUCAACCACGAGCCUCAACAGGAACCCGCUUCUCUGCCUACGCUGGAGACUCAAGCUGCAGCUCUGAGUCUUCGCAACAAACCAGAAGCUCGAAACGCUGUGCCUGUUUUUCAGCUGAGAGGCAUCCUUCAAGAAGCGUCGAACGUGCCACCUCUUGCGAUGAACCCCGAGCCGUUGCAAUUCAAUUUGGCACCUCCGACUAUUGCAAGGCGCCCCACUUUGAACCUGACAGAUACCGAGCCGUUGCCCCUAAACGUGUCAUUCGGAUCGACCAUGAGAGCCGCCCCCACUUUGAAUUUUGCGGCCAACGAUUUGUUUUCCUCCCUCUGCAGGAGCCUUGGUGUCAACCAACCUUCCAGCUUCCCAGACCCAUUCGAGCCCACUCCUCUUUCCAACCAGCAGGCAAGCAUUCCUUCUUACAGCCACUAUGCUCCUCGGGCUGCUUAA